CCAAGACGGGGUGGUCUUGAUAGUUGCAUGUCCAAGACCCUGGCUCCCGUUCCACCACUUCCAUUGGCCGCGGCCUUCUCGCGGAAAUCAAUCCGCCCAACCCAGACAACAAUGCGGUACCUCGGCAAUUAUGGGAAUCCCACUAUGGCUGACCUCCCCUUGGUCAAUGAUACAAAACAUCCUCCAAACAAAUCUCCAUACUGUACUUCUUAACCUAGGUAUGCCGACGGUGGUCAUAUUAUUUGAUUAAUCAUACUUUUGCUCGACCUACUUCCACUUGAUUAUAAACAAGCCUAGUCUCAUUGGUAUCCUCAAGUGUUUACCGCCGCCGUCUUACAUCACUUUCACUGUGUGACAUACACUUGACUCUUCACCUGUAAAUCCGAACGCAAUGGGAAAGUCGGAAGAGGAAUCAAAGGAGGCGCCUCGCCCUACCCUCAUCAGGCCGCCGCCUGAGGACCCAAGCAAGGCGCCCAUCGAGAACACUUCGGAGGUCACAGAACUGGCCGUGAUCGGACCUAAUAUCUUCACCAAUGCCCGCCAACCAUGGCAUCCCCCUGGCGCGCGCGGUAUCUACGGCGGCGCCGUGAUCGCCAUGUGUCUCGCGGCCGGCCAAAAGACCGUCCCAUCUGACUUCCUCGUCCACUCCAUGCACUGCUACUUCCUCCUCGCCGGCUCCGCCGAACUUCCCAUCCUCUUCCACGUCGAGCUCGUCCGGGACGGCCGCUCCUUCGCCACGCGGACCGUUCAAGCGCGCCAAAAGGGCCGCUGCAUCUUCACCACCACCAUCUCCUUCGUGCGGGAAGGGUCCAGCGGGCCGCGGGGCAGCCAAGUCUCGCACGCCUCAUCCAUGCCCAUCGACGAGAAGACGGGCAAGCCGUGCCAACCGCCUCCGGAUGACUACGACGGCGAACCCGAACUCGUCCGCUCCAGCCCCAACCCCUUCCAGAGCGCGCGGAUCGAGGUCACCAACGCCGACAGCCCGCGCCCGCAGGACAAGAAGGCGCGGCAGUGGUACCGAGCUAAAGGAAAGAUCAGCGCUGAGGGAGGGCAGCAGGCGCACCUGACCGCGCUGGCGUACGUCAGCGACUCGUACUUCAUCGGCACCAUCGGGCGCAUCCACAAGCUGUGGCGGUUCCCCUUCCACCCGGAGGACUUUGGGAAGCUGCCCGAGGACUUGCAGGAGCGGGUGCGCGCGCUGCACGAGUGGGAGGGUUUGGGACACCCUAAGGAUAUGGUGGGCCGGCCGGAGAUCGGGAUGAUGGUCAGUCUGGAUCAUUCCAUCUACUUCCAUGAGCCGGCCAAGGUCAGGGCGGACGAGUGGAUGCUGAGCGAGAUGGAGAGUCCGUGGGCGGGUGAUGGGAGGGGUGUGGUGACGCAGAGGAUCUAUAAUAAGGAUGGCAUGUUGUUGGCUACUUGCGUGCAGGAAGGGUUGGUGAGGUUGGAGAAGAAUCCUGGGAAGACGGAUUCUAAACUCUAGUCUAGGCGUGCGGCGGUCUGUGUGGAUUGAGAUAUUAGAAAGGAGAGCGAUGUAGAAAGGAUUCGGUUUUCCAUGAUCUUGUGGAUAGAGUAUAGACUAUUUGGAAAUAUAAACACAGCGCUGCUGUACUGCGUGCCUCUACCUGGCAGGUAAUAUCAUUCCACCCCAAUUCUGACCAUAGCCCCCAAGGCAUCAUUCGCAAGCCCAAUACAUACCGGCUGCGUACGGUGCCAGCCCCAGGUGCCUGCUGCCAUCGUUCCUGCCGCCGCUGCCGCCCGGCCGGCACGCCCUUCCCCACGGCAUAACAGACAUCGGACGACAUGGCACCCGCCUCCGCGCACCUUCCCAGACUGGCCCAGGC